AUGUCAACUUUAGGCACGCUUGCCUUUGAUGAAUAUGGAAGGCCUUUUAUCAUCAUUAAAGACCAGGAUAAGAAAACACGGCUAACGGGCAUUGACGCAUUGAAGUCUCAUAUUAUGGCAGCAAAAGCAGUUGCAUCAACGCUUAGGACAUCUUUGGGACCUAAUGGGCUGGACAAGAUGAUGGUUGACCAAGAUGGAGAAGUGACUGUUACCAAUGAUGGAGCCACGAUUCUCAGCAUGAUGGAUGUGGACCAUCAGAUUGCGAAACUUAUGGUGGAACUGGCCAAGUCCCAAGAUGAUGAGAUUGGUGAUGGAACCACUGGAGUUGUUGUGCUGGCUGGUGCUCUGCUCGAGCAAGCUGAGCAGCUGCUGGACCGCGGAAUCCACCCUAUCAGGGUCUCUGACGGUUACGAUCAGGCCGCACGUAUCGCGCUCGAGGAGCUCGACAGGAUUGCGGAAACCUUCCCUUGCGAUCCUAACAACACGGAACCCCUCAUUCAGACCGCCAUGACAACGCUGGGAUCGAAAGUCAUCAACCGGUGCCACCGACAAAUGGCUGAGAUCGCUGUAAAUGCCAUUCUCACCGUGGCCGACAUGGAAAGGAAAGAUGUCGACUUUGAGCUUAUCAAGAUGGAGGGUAAAGUGGGAGGCAAGUUGGAAGACACACAGCUCAUCAAGGGUGUCAUUGUCGACAAAGAGUUCAGUCACCCUCAAAUGCCAAAGGUUCUGAAAGAUGUUAAAAUUGCAAUCCUCACCUGCCCAUUUGAGCCCCCUAAGCCGAAAACCAAGCAUAAGUUGGAUGUCACCUCUGUGGAGGACUACAAAGCUCUGCAGAAAUAUGAAAAAGAGAAGUUUGAAGAGAUGAUCCAGCAGGUCAAAAGCAAUGGCGCUAACUUAGCCAUCUGCCAAUGGGGCUUUGACGACGAAGCCAAUCAUCUUCUGCUGCAGAGCAAGUUACCUGCAGUCCGUUGGGUUGGCGGGCCUGAGAUUGAAUUGAUUGCCAUCGCCACUGGAGGUCGCAUUGUACCAAGGUUCUGUGAGCUGACCCCGGAGAAGCUAGGCACUGCUGGCUUGGUGAAAGAGAUCUCUUUUGGUACCACAAAGGAUCACAUGCUGGUGAUUCAGGACUGCAAAAACACCAGGGCUGUCACCAUUUUCGUUCGUGGAGGAAACAAAAUGAUUAUUGAUGAAGCUAAGCGAGCCCUCCACGAUGCUCUAUGCGUCAUUCGUAACCUGGUCAGAGACAACCGUGUCGUCUAUGGAGGCGGAGCUUCAGAAAUUGCUUGCGCUCUGGCUGUCAAUCAGGCUGCUGACAAGUGCCCAUCAUUGGAGCAGUAUGCAAUGAGGUCAUUUGCAGAUGCUUUAGAGGUAAUCCCAAUGGCGUUGGCUGAGAACAGUGGCCUGAACCCCAUCCAGACCAUGACUGAGGUCAGAGCCAGACAAGUCAGAGACAAAAACCCAUACUUGGGUAUUGACUGCCUGCAUAACAACACCAACGACAUGAAGCAGCAGCAUGUGAUCGAGACCCUCAUUGGCAAAAAGCAGCAGAUCUUACUGGCAACCGAAGUGGUCAAAAUGAUUCUCAAAAUCGACGACAUCCGAAGUCCAGGAGAGUGCGAGGACUGA